UUCAUUUUAGUAUUAUAGGUUAUCAAAAUAAAUGUUUUGUUUUAAAUUUAAUUCAAGUAUUCAUCAAUUUUUAUAGUAACACAGUUAUGAUUUGAAUUGCAGUCCAAUACCUGUGUUUAUCUUAGUGUAAAAUUGUUUACAAAGAUAGUAUAAAGAGCAAAGUCUGUUCUUGAACUUCAUUGGAGUCCAGUCAAGAAAAAUCAAUCUAAAAUGUCUGGCCAUUUUGUUCAAAGAAGACAGCAACCCAGUGAGUACAUGAAAUACCAGUCAGUUCCAUACGAGCAAGAUGACCAAACUGAGGGCUCUUCUUGUGAGGAUAGAGUGUCUUUCCCAUUUUUACCAACUCCAAGUGGAAAUUUAAAAGUUAUCCCUCAACAGGUAGUGUACGAGUCAAAACAAUUGAGUAUUGUUGCUGCUGACCCUAGAAGAACGAAAGUAAAUAUUAAAACAGACGGCAGUCGCAAAGACAUGAGUGGAAUGGAAAAGAAAGUUUUUAUGGAUCAGACAUCUCCCAUACACAAAAUGAAAACAAAUGCAGAGGAUAUUCGAGAAGAUGUUCCUGGAAGUAUGCUUAGAAGGAUGGAAAUGUUUGCCAAGAUGCCACCCCCACCAUCACGGAUGUUCCGACCACCCCAGGGCCAGCCAGACGGAGACAGUCCCAGUGAUGAUGCUGACCUUUUUGUGGAGCAUGGAAGGCCAGAUAACUCACAACUAGAUAAGAAACAAGUUGGCAAUCGAACAGUUGCUCAGCUUCAACAUGAAAUGAACCUCACAAAGAUGGGUUUUAACCAAGACACGUCAAUCGACUGGGCUAAAAUUGAUCUUCCACCCAAAACAGAUCUCCACAAGUUGUUGCAUUACAGGAUAUCUAAUUACAUAAAUCCUGAUGUACUUGUGAAAAUUGGUAACCAUGAAUAUAGGUGUCACCUAUUAGUUCUCCAGUGCUAUUCAGGGUUUUUUGUUGAAAAGGCUAUGUCCCGAAUAGAGAUACCAGAGCAAAGUGUGACAAAGACAGCGUUCACAUAUAUCUACGACUGGAUGCUGCAUCUCGGUGGUGAUAGCUACACACUCCUUAGACGAGACAACAUACUGGAAAUAUUUAUGGCUGCUCAAUACCUACAAGUCAAAGAGCUGGAGGAGCAAUGUUGGGCUUUCAUUGAUAAUGAAGAUUUAUUCUCAGAAGAUAAGGCUUUUAUGUUGUACCUCGAUGCGAGGGCUCUGGGCAACACUGCAGUCAUGGAGUUGAUGGUUCCACGCAUUCAGCGGUUUUUCCUCACUCUUGUGGCCAGCAAGGAUUUCUUGGAACUUGUCAUUGAAGAGGUCUCUGUAUUCCUACGUUCCAACUACAUCUGCAUUCAUUGUGAGAUGGAAGUCUUUAUGGCAGCAGUUCGGUGGUUGAUGUUUGAUUGGGAGAAACGACAAAAGUUUCUACUUGAUGUGAUGAGCUGUGUCCGGUUUGGCCUGAUCUCUCCAUGGCAGCUAGUUGACAUCCGCCGCAAUCCAGAGAAUCAAGAGUUCCUCUUAGUCACUCGCAAUCCUGACGUUUCCGGGAUGAUUGAAGAUGGCUUAGCAUAUGCAAUAAUCAAAUACUGGUAUGGACACGAGUCGACCGACUAUUCCCACUGGAUAGAAGUGCUGGGUCUGACAGAACCCACAGCUCGCAAUUGGGCAGGCACUUAUAAAGUUAGUGAUCAAAAGAAAUAUAACACAUAUCAAGAGUUUCUAUCUGACUUGUCUAAAUAUAGACACAUGCAUGUGUUGUCCAACAAGGGAAAUGGAGAUAGGAGAGGAGGAAGUAAUGAAUCUCUUCAGUCAGAGCUUGAAAACGCUCGAAAACCUCUGAAUCCCACUGAUUUCAUUAUGCCCCAUCCAAGAUAAGUGUGCAAACCUUAUAUGUGCGAGUAUAGUCCAAACGUGGUUUGCUAAAGGGUUACACAAAAUGUUUUAAUUUAAGUUGUGUGUGUAUUAAAUUAUUGUACCGAA